UCUCUCUCGAUCGUGCCCACCAGCUCACUUACCCCUUAAUCCCCCCACACUUUAAACAAAAACCCUAAUCUCUCGAGCUUUGAAGAGAAAAAAAGAAAAACACACAACACAAAGAAGUGGGUCCGUAAGCCCCCUUCCUUAGUAGUGGCCAUAGUCAGGUCACCCCACACACACAAAAAGACUUUCUUUUUUUUCUCUUCGUCUCCAUUUGGUACUUACUUACUAGUCAGACAUUAACGUGCCUUUGUGUGAUACCACCACCACCACCAUCUCUCUCCUCUCUCUCUCGUUAGAAACCCAGAAACAAAAAAAAAACACUCUUGCUUCCAAGCUUUUCCCACUUUCUUCUUACUCCCCCACAACUCAUAAUUGCUUAUUAGAAGGAUAAAUUUUGCUUUUUUUUUUUCUUCUCUGUUUCCUCUUAAAAUAGAUACAGAAGAUCGCAGCUAUCCAGAAUUGGCGGAGGAGAUUGCUUGAAGUUUCUUUUGGUACCCAUUGGAGAUUACUCUUCGAUCUAAUAACUUCUUCUUCUAUCUAGAUAUUUGGAAGUGUUCUUGCCUAUACUUCGUAUUAUAGAAUGGGGAAUUAAGGUUUUCUCGGUUUCUGUUUUAAGUUUGCGAGCUAACAAUGGGGAGUGUUGGUCCUGAUUCUCAGAAGGAUGAUUCUGAGCUUGAAGAUUCACUGAGGAUUGAUGAGAAUCCGCCUGGUGAAAAUGUUUUAUUGAAGUCAGGAACCUUGUUGAGCCAGAAAAGGCAGCAAUGUAGUGUAGUUUCAAACAGCGGCAAGUGGUUACAGAUUGUUAAAAACGGUCCCAAAGGUUCGUUUACUCGUGCCACUAGUUUCUUCGAUUACAAGAUCCCAAGGCAUCUGGUGUCAUUAGACGAGAAGUAUCUCCGACGAUGCCUCGAGUUGAUUCACAUCAGUGCGUUUAAGUCAGCCAGUUGCAGCCUUUCUUUGAAUCUUGUAGGACCAAAGAUGAGGUUUUCUUCAAGUCACUUCGAUUCACCUGUCAUCCCCAAAGAAAAUGCUGCUCGUCUUGUGUUUGAUCUUCCGUUGGUAGAUGAUUCAGGCAGUCCAGUGAUUAGCCGUGCAAUCAUAGGUUGCAGGAGGGUUACACAUAUGGUUACUAAGCCUUUGUUACACGAUCUCGAAGCAUUAGAUGGUGAUGAUAUCAGUAGCAGGACAAGUCAAGACGAUCAUGGUGAAAACAAGUUGGUUUCAUUUGAUGUUGUGAGGAAGAUAAAUGAACAAGAUUCGCAGUUUCAGAGUUAUCAAUCUGGUUACAUGCCCAAAAAGACAGUCUCUUUGUCCAGCACAAACUCAGUGAGCUCAUCUUCUUCUGAUCAAUCUUCUUCCUGUUGGUCACCGUCUUCAACAGUUUCUCAAGGAGCACUUCAGUUCACUAUGAAAGACAACAAGACGCCUCAUUUUGUUUUCUCAUUGGAUGAUCAAAAAGAGAUCUAUGUAGCUAGCUUAAGCACUAGUAGUGUUGGGUCGGGUUUCGACCGUAGUUCGCUAGACUAUUCUUAUUUGAUCCAUAUGAAGAAAGGCCGCGGAUCUGAACAGAAACAUUUGGUUGGUAAACUAAAGGUAUCUACUUUGAUUUCUGUCUCGUCCACGAAUGAAAAAACCGUAGAGAGACAGUUUGUUCUAUUCAGCAGUGGUGGGAAUCCGCAGUUACCGUGCCAAAAUGAUAUUAGGAAAAGCAGAGGAUUGCCUAAGAAAGUAGUUGAUGCGAUCAAAAACACCACACGCACUUCAAGGCAAAGAAGCAUCUCUAGAUUCAGUAGAACAAGCUCCACACCGGAUUUUUGUUCUUGGGAGCCAUUUCAAGAACCAGACCACGAUCUUGAACCUGUAAGUUUGCUAGAUAACGACCUUCCACCAAAUCUUGAAACCUCAGCUGUUGUUGUGAGAGAACAGUUUCCCGUGGAAGAAGAAGAAGAAGAAGAAGAAGAAGAAGAAGAAGAAGAAGUAGUCGAAAAAGUUGGAGGCUGGGGCAUGAAGUUUCUCAAGAAAACACCCUUAGCUCGAACCAAGGAUGCUUCUAAAACUGUGAAGCAUUCGACAAGCAUAGAUGUUAUGAUUCCUUCAGGGAUUCACGGAGGGCCGAGAAAUAGAAACGGUGGUCCGUCAAGCUUAGUUCAGAGGUGGAAAUCCGGUGGAUACUGUGAUUGCUCUGGAUGGGAUUUGGGUUGCCCCUUAAGUGUCCUUAAAGGCCAAACACGAAAAGACCAAAAUGAAGGCCAGUGCAAUCUUUUUGAGCUCUUCGCAGAGGGAUUGAUGGAGGGAAGUCCUGGAUUAAGGAUCAUGAAUGUUCGAGACGGUCUCUACUUCGUUCAAUAUCAAGCGAAGAUAUCUGUUUUGCAAUCUUUUUCCAUUGCUUUAGCAUACAUUCAUAGCCAAAGCCAGAGACUCCGGCCAUGGUCGUCAAAGAAGUGUACAAAAGCUUAACUAGCAAAAGAAAGGAUUGCACAAAGAUAGGCAAAACUCAGCCUUCAUAGUUUUAGUGAGUUUGAGUUGAUAAUAUCUACAAUUCUACUAAAGAAGUAGUUAUUUAAUUAUUAUUAUUUUUUGUGUUUAUUUUUGGCUUUCUGUUUAAACCUAUUUUUUUAUAGAAAGUAAAUCAGUGUCUCUCUUCUUUACUGGAAUCAUAUGUGGGCUUUGGUAUU